AUGAUCGUGUGCGAAGGAGCAGAUUGGAUUGACUACGGAGAACCAGCACCGAAUGUUGCCACGGCAUUUGAUGAUGAUUCGGAUCAAUAUUUAAGCGCAUUGACACGUGAUGAAGAACAAGAAAUACAUAGCCCCUUAAUAACAGGGUACAAAUAUGUGUCAGGCGGAGCAGGUGAGGGUCGACAACAUCUAAGUCCUAAUGGGCAAAUACCAAAUCGCCCAGAAGUGAAAACCGACGAAGAAUUACCAGCCUACUGUCAUCCACCAAAUCCAUGCCCGUUAGGAUUCGAAGCUGAUGAUUGUGACGCCUCACCAAUGACGAAGUUCACUGCUGAAUACAGUCGAUCAUAUCAAACUGAACAAAAUUGCCAAUGUGACAAUGAUCACGAUGAGUGUUUUCUGAACAAUAUCAUGUAUACAAUUCCGCCUAACAGUGCUUCAGGAGGUGUUUUGAAACGUGCUCGACGUGUUCGCCGAACUGCAAACAACAAACAAGAUGGAGAAAAUGCUACUAAAUCUCAUCCACAAUGGAACUCAUACCACCGAGGGCAAACUCUACGACUUCAUGUUGCUAAAAAAUCCCCGAUUACUCUGACGUCUUAA